CUGCACGUGAGAGCUGUGGGGUCGGUCCUGGCGCUGCCAAUCCCACGUCCCAAACAGCGCUGUGGUUUCUCCGCAGGAUCGAGAGCUACUCCUGCAAGAUGGCCGGCGACGACAAGCACAUGUUCAAGCAGUUCUGCCAGGAGGGCCAACCCCACGUCCUGGAGGCCCUGUCGCCCCCUCAGACCACGGGGAUCAGCCCCAGCAGGCUCAGCAAGAGUCAGAGCGGUGACGAAGAGGGGCCGCUGAGCGACAAGUGCAGCCGCAAGACGCUCUUCUACCUGAUCGCGACGCUCAACGAGUCUUUCCGGCCCGACUACGACUUCAGCGCCGCCAAGAGCCACGAGUUCAGCCGGGAGCCCAGCCUCAAUUGGGUGCGUGGGUCCCGGGGGGCUUGGGGAGGGGGCACCCGGCUCUGUGGAGCCGCAGGGUGAGUCAGCGGGGAGCUU